AAGGGAAGGCCGUGGAGGGGAGGAGGCAGGGUCACCAGGGCUCCUGCAGCACAAACUGCACCCAGACAGCCAGGGGACCUGAAGGCUGGAUUCUUCGGUCCCUUCAUAGGUUCUAAGAAGACAGGACCUGGCAGCCUGAGGCCCGGGGAGAGUGGCGGGGAGACCCAAGGCCCUGUGCGGUGGCCAGCGCUCCAGCCUGGACUUUGCCUCUGGGCAGCCCCAGCCACACCCUCACCGCAACCCAGGCCUUUCCUGAAACACCCAGGACCACAGCCUGGGGAGCUGGAGAGCCCCUCUGCCUCCCCUGCAGAGCCCGCCAUGUGGGGCUACCUGACCCUGCUGCCUGCCUUCCUGGCCCUCUGGGCUACCAUGGGCAUCUGGAUUGUUUUUGCCAUUGCAGUGGCCAACAGGACUGUGAACCUCAGCGAAGGCUUUCCCUACAUAAGUAUUUGUGGAUCGUACCCCCCUCAGAGCUGCAUCUUUGGCCAGUUGCUCAAUAUAGGAGCUGCCAUGGCCACCUGGAUCUGCAUUGUCCGUUACCACCAGCUCCGGGACUGGGGGGUCAGAAAGUCGCCUAACCAGCUGAUCCUGUGGACGGGUCUCUUCUCUGCACUGGGCACCUCUGUGGUGGCCAAUUUCCAGGAAAAGAACCAGAAGCCCACACACCUGGUAGGGGCCUUUCUUGCCUUCAUCUUGGGCAACCUCUACUUCUGGCUGCAGCUCCUUCUCCGGUGGCGGAUGAAGAGCCUGCCCCAGCCCGGGGGCCCCUGGCUUGGCCUCCUCCGCCUGGCCCUCUGCUGUCUCUGCACCGUCCUCAUCGUGGCCAUGAUCGUCCUCCACUCCUGGAAGCUGCGUUCCGCCUCUGCCGUCUGCGAGUGGGCCACGGCCAUGCUGCUGUUCGGGCUCUUCGGACUCUUGUCUGUUGACUUCUCUGUCCUGGACAGCUGCACCCUGUGUCUUCAGCCGCGGCCCAGCCUCAGCCCACAGCCCAGCCUCAGCCCACUGCCGGCCUCCCCCAUCUCCCUGCCCGUCCAGCUGUCCCAGGCGUCCUGACCCAGGUUUCACGUCACCAGCGGAAGAAGAUGGGGCCAAUGCUCAUUCCCCCCACAUCCCACUGGAUGAACCACUGGGGACCUCUGGCCAGGAGCAGGAGGCGCUGACCAUUCCCGUCCUGGAGCCUAGCGGACAUGUGGCCGGGCGUGGAGGGACCCUGCACAGCUGGUCACAGCCAGCACCUCUGCACCCACCUGUCCCCGCCAUCUGGCCCUGCCCCUGCGAUGGGAGCACCCAGGAAGCAAGAGGCCGAGGUCAACCAGCGUCCCUGAUCAAGGCUAUUUAUUAUUAUUAUUAUCUUUUUUUUUUUUUUUUUUUUUGCCGCCGGC